AUGGCCGACGAAGGAAUAUUUGGGGAUAUCGAGCAGGAUAAUAAUCCAUCAUGGUAUCAAUCAUCUCGCACGGAAACUGAGGAUUAUGCAAACGGUUCCUCAAGGCAAUCCCCCGACAACCCCAUCACGGAACCUCACCUCAUGACACCCAACAACGAUCCAAAGCACUCAAACGUCGAGACCUUUCAUGGUAAUGACCUCAUAAACAGUUCCAUUGGACUUUCUCAAAAGAUUCGCAAGAUGCUCAACAGUCCAAAACUCACUGUAGAUGUGAUUCUGAGUGAGCGUGUCAUGAAUUCUAUUGUUGUGUACUUGAUACAACUCAAGUUGAAAGGUGCCAAAGACAGCGACGCUAUAAUUGUGAAGAGGAGGUAUAGCGAGUUCAAAUCUCUUCGAGACAAUUUGGUGAAAAUGUACCCCACAAUUGUUGUGCCUCCGAUUCCAGAGAAGCACACUUUCCUCACAUACUUGAUAAACUCCAUCGACAGCUCAAGGGAAACAAAUGUUAUCGAGCUUCGAAAGCGCUACUUCAAGAACUUCCUACAAGACGUCAUAUUCGACUCCAACACAAAAUUGAGAAACUGUCCUUUACUCCAUAAGUUUUUGGAUCCAAACUACGAGUCGUGUUGGGAAAGUGCUAUCAAUGAGCCUCCUGCAAACUUAAUCCCGUCAAACCUUCUACUUGCAAAUCCUAAUGAUACGACUGAUCAAAAUGGUCUAUAUUUGCUUCUACCUUCGGUGACAGGUUUUGACUUGGAUAGCACCGACAACCUCUCUGGCCUUAAAAAACUCAAUGAUGACAUUCACAAGUUACAUGCUGAUAUCAAGCUUUACGAUCUUAAAGAAAACAACCUUCAUGAAAUUGCUGAGAAUGAUACUGUCUUUUCUGACAUACCGAUUGACUUGAUAAACUUCGAAAUCAACUUUCACCGGAAUAUAAAAGUUCUUCAUGACGUGCAGAAGCUAAAUAACCGCUCUGUGAAGAACUUCAAAACAUUGAUAAGCACGCUAAUAGAGCUAGGUGCCAAUUUGAACAACUUUUCGCUUCAAAUUCAUGAUGCUUCCACGCACCGAGGCAAGUCACUCUCUUCUGUGAUUGAGAAAUUUGGAUCUGCAGUGGACUCGACAUUUCUUAAUUUUGAGCACUUUCUAUACGAUGAAGUUAUUCCUGACUGGGAUGACCCGGUGAACAGGUUUGUGCAAUACUACUUUUCAGCAUUACAGCUUGUAAAGUUCUACAAGUAUAAGCUCAUCCAAUUCAAACUUAUCUACAAGUUGAAGUUCAACAAAGUUCAGGAGAUGAGCGCAUUUCAUGACAGCAUGAACUCCGUCAAGCAUUUGAAGGAUCUCGAUAUAAACAGUCCCUCUAUAAAAAAAGCGAUACAGCGCAUAGAGAACAGACAGCAGCGUGUUAGACAACUCCAAUCAAAAAAAUCUUGGUAUGGCCUUUUUGGUGGCACAAAAUCAACAUUCACCCUACCAGAACAGAGCCUCUCCUCGCAUCCUGAUAGGGAGUCUGAUGAGCGGCCGAAGAGUGGAGAGGAUGGCCCCAGCGACAUGAAAACGCAUUACCAGCAUAAAAUGCAGCAUAUCGACAAGGAGCUCAAUAAACUUGAUCAACUCAUUGACUUAGUCAAUGGUGACAUGAUCAGUCUCACGCAAAACCUACAAGUCAACUUCCAAGAAUUUCUAGAUAAGAUGGAACGUAAGUGGCUUACAAUUAUGCUUGAGUUUGUUCGCGCAGGUAAGCAGCUCUUCGAAGAGAACUUAAACACAUGGAGUAAUUUCAAGAGGUCUGUUGACACUAGCGAUGAGUAA